AUGGAAAAAAAGAAGAAAUAUGUGUUGGAUUCAAAUAGCUUAAUUAAAUUUAAGGAUUUUUUAUUUAUGCAUUAUGACUGUUAUAUAACAGAGGGAGUAAUAAAAGAAAUAAAAGAUGAACAUUCGAAGAAGAAGUUAAACAACAUUCUUCCAUUGUUAACAAUUGACAGAGCAGAGGAAAAAGAUAUUAAUUUUAUAAAAUAUUUUUCAAAAUUAACAGGUGAUUAUGAAUCCUUAAGUGAAGUCGAUAUUGAAGUCAUUGCAUUAACGUACAUGUUACAUAGAAAAUAUGGGGACGUCUCAAAAUUAAGUUCAGCCCCGUUAGAAACGAUUUACAAAUAUGACGAUGUUGUAUAUGAUUAUUCCAAUUAUAACAAUAAAAAAAAUACGAAAAAAAAGCGUGCACAAAAGAACGGUAAAGGAGCAAACGACCAAGUAAGUGAAAAUAUCACCAUAAAGUCGCACUCAAAUGAGGACAUGAGCACUGAUGGAAAUGCUGAAGUCGAUUCAAAUGGUUGCUCCAUAUAUUUGAAUAAGGUAGGUACAGGAGAUAUUGGGAAAAAAGGUAAAGAUGAAUUUAAAAGGGAAGAUUAUUUAGUGGAAACUGAAAAAGAAAAAAAAGCGCAAGGAGGAAAGCUUGAUGAUAAUGAAACAGGUGAUAUAAACGGCGAGCGCAGUGAAAAUGUGCCACGUGCCGUAAUUUCUGAAGGGGAAAUAAAACGCGAACAGGACAUAAAACUCGAACAGGAUAUAAAACUCGAACAGGAUAUAAAACUCGAACAGGAUAUAAAACGCGAACAGGAUAUAAAACGCGAACAGGAUAUAAAAUCCGAACAAGAUAUAAAACGCGAACAGGAUAUAAAAUCCGAACAAGAUAUAAAAUCCGAACAAGAUAUAAAACGCGAACAGGAUAUAAAACGCGAACAGGAUAUAAAACGCGAACAGGAUAUAAAAUCCGAACAAGAUAUAAAAUCCGAACAAGAUAUAAAACUAGAACAGGAUAUAAAACUAGAACAGGAUAUAAAACUCGAACAGGAUAUAAAACUCGAACAGGAUAUAAAACUCGAACAGGAUAUAAAACGCGAACAGGAUAUAAAAUCCGAACAAGAUAUAAAACGCGAACAGGAUAUAAAAUCCGAACAAGAUAUAAAACGCGAACAGGAUAUAAAACGCGAACAGGAUAUAAAGUCCGAAGAAUACAUUAGCGAUCAAGACGACGUAAUUGAUGACAGUGCAAACUACGGGGACUAUGUAAGUGAUGACCAGGAUAUAUCUGAAGAGAGCGAUGAGUUGGGCGCAGAAAGAAAUGAAAACAAAAAAAUUUUUGGAUGCAAAACAAUAAAAGAAGAAAUAGUUCAAGUAGAGUCAAAUGAAAGCGAUUGUGAUGACGGAAAUGGAAAAUGGAUAAAUAUAAACAAUUUUGAUACGUUUAAUUUAAAUAUAGAUAGAAAAGAAAAAUUUGAUAUAGAUAUUGCUUGUGUUACUACAGAUUAUGCAAUGCAAAAUGUUAUGUAUCAGAUUGGACUUAACGUAAUAACUAUAGAUGGAUAUAAAAUAAACUCUGUUAAAUUAUGGGGAUAUAUAUGUACAUCAUGCUAUUUUUUUAUGAGAAAAAAUUUUUUAUUAUUUUGUUCUAAAUGUGGUAAUAACAAUUUGAGAAAAGUAAAUGUUGUUGUUGAUAAUGAUUUAAAAAAGCUAGUCGUUAAAAUACCCCAAUUUCGAGUAAAUUGUAAAAAUACUAUAUUCAGUAUUCCUAAAAAGAAAAACAAAACGAAAAAUAAAUUUGAAGAAAAAUUACAAAUAUUUAGAGAAGAUGAAUUAUUAAUUGGUGGUAGAAAACAGUAUUUAUCACAUCAAAAAAAAUUAUAUGAAACUCAAAAAAAUUUAAAAGAUCCAUUUAAGAGUGAUAAUUUAUAUGAUUAUAAUAAUGAUUGGUCUUAUAGAACAACUUUAAAAAGUGGAAAAAUUGCUAUUUUAAGAAAUCCGAAAAUUGUCGUUGGAGGAAAAAGGAACAUCCACAAAAAAAAGACGUAA